UUACUCCCUUCCAAAAUGGACGGAGUAUCAAAGUAUAACACAUUUAUAGCAAUGCACAAACCUCAAUUAGUUUUGUCUGGUGUUCCUGAGCACUUUUGGCCUGUUCUUUGCAAGAAGUUAUACGAUCAGAUAUUUGACUCCGGGUCCACAUUCCAAUUGGUACAAAUCGAUUACGAGGACGUAGAAAAGAAAAGCUAUGAUCCGCUCUGGGCCGUUGUAGCAUUAUGCGACAUUGAACGUUCAGACCCGUCUCAUAUUUACUUGAUUGAUCAUGCCUGGACUUUUAAGGCAAACAAUGUACAAAAUUGUCUAAGAAACGUACCUGGACUUUUGGAAAGGAUGUGUUUUCUUAUGCAAAUAAAGGGUAAUUCAGAUGAAGAGAAGAUUGAAAAAGUUUCAGAAAAUGUCUGGAAAUACGCUCACACAUAUGCCAUUGGAGGGAACGGGUUCUCGGUUGAGGAAAGGGUGCCUCUUUGGUAUGUGUUAGACGAACUAGGGUCUGGGGUCACCCACUCGGACAACCCUAACUUUAGAGCUGUGCCAUUUAUAUUUGUACCUGAGCAAAUAACAUUCACUUUGCUCUUUCCGAUUGAAAAUGUGGAAGAAGGUGAUUCUAUUACAAGGAACUUUGUGGAGGGAGCAUACUCUGAUCCCCUGCAGAGAGAGGCAAUGCUGAUUCCUUGGAAACAUUAUGACCACUUUCAUGAUGAUUUUACUCAGAAGGAGCCGGGGCUGAAUUAUUUUCUAGAAGGACAUAUUGUAGAGACUCUGCCUAACCUUGAAUUAUUAAAAAAUAUCCAGCGUGGCGAUAAAUUGAAGGUAUUCUCAGAAUACACUUUUAUAAACCAGUACUUGACAGACUCUGCAUUUGAAAUAGUUGACAAUGAAGAUGAUGCUGAUGUCCUGUGGUAUACAACACAUUUUAAAAGUUUCAAAGAAUUGAGUGAAUCAUUUCCUUCAAAAUAUGUUAACCAGUUUCCUUUUGAAUAUGUUCUGACAGUUAAAGAUCUUUUGGCAAUUGUUUCAAGAAGAGCAGCCAAGAAAUAUUCAGCAUCUCAAGACAAGUUUGACACACAGCCUGCGUGGUUGCCAACAACAUUUAACAUGAAGACAGAAUUAUCAAACUUGGUUGCAUGUUAUAUGCAGAGAAAGAUGGCAGGAUUGGACAAUCAUUGGAUUUGCAAACCAUACAACCUUGCAAGGGGAUUAGAUACUUACAUAACUGAUAAUUUAGAUUUCCUGUGCCGUUUACCUUUGAGUGGACCAAAGAUUGCUCAGAAAUAUUUAGAAAACCCAGUACUGUUUGAAAGACCUGAGAUUGGUCAAGUGAAGUUUGAUAUCAGAUAUGUUGUUCUGUUGAAAUCAGUUAAUCCUACAAGUGUCUAUGUCUAUAACAACUUUUUCCUUAGAUUUUCAAACAAGUCAUUUGCUCUGAGCAACUUUGAGGAUUAUGAGCAACACUUUACUGUAAUGAACUACAAUGAGAAUGCAACUUUGCACAGAAUGCUCUGUGCAGAAUUCAAAACUGCUUGGGCUAGUCAAUAUGGUGAUUAUAAUUGGGAUGAAGUUGAACAAUCAAUAUUAAAGAUGUUUGCGGAGUUAUUUGCUGCAGCAACUAGUAAAGAAGCACCUUGUGGUAUUGCAGAGAGUCCCCAGUCCAGGGCUCUGUAUGCAGCUGACGUAAUGCUAAGUUGGGAGACGAAAGGGUCAGAGAAAGUCAUACAACCCAAAUUGUUGGAAAUGAAUUGGAUGCCAGACUGUCGCCGCGCCUGCGAGUACUAUCCAGAUUUCUACAAUGACAUUUUCUCUGUUUUGUUCUUGAACAAAGAAGCAAGCACAUGCAUUAAAAUAAUGUAACACUUAAGUAACUUAAGUUUGUAAUGGGCUCAAAGUAUUUAUUACCUGUAUAAUCUCUAUACCAUUUGUUUUUAUGUUUAUA